AUGGUUCUUGAAACUUCAACCACUAGCACAUUUCUCUCAACCAACUCACAUCUCGAAAACAUGCUCCAAUCACAAUUCAUCGACGCGGCUUCGACAUCAGCCGGUUCUUCAUCAACACCAUCACCAAAUCACACAGAAGAUGAUUCGGAUAAUCAGCAACAACAAAUUAUUGAAAAUGUUAAAGCUGGAGAGGAGGGACAACAACAAUUACAACCACAAAUGCCGUUGGAUUUGAUGAGUCUUGUGAUGGGUGGAAAUGUGGGAGGAGAUUUGGAUUUUUCAAAGAUUCUGCAGGUAAGCUUUGAUGAGAUCUUUAUUUGGUCGGGAAAUUCGGGGAUUUUUUUGAACCGAAGCCUAUAAAACUAUAAAAUUCAAAUUAUGACCAAAAUUUCUGAAAAAAAAUUAAACAUAGUCCGUAAUUUUUGGUGUUCUGAGUCAGUCAUCCGACAAAUCAGACCGAUCCUAUUAAUUUCGGGACACUAUAUCCUUUUUCCAAAAAAUCCCAGGUAUGUGUAAAAAUCUGACCUUGCAAUCAUUCUGUUUUUUUUCGCCUCGCGCCAAAUUGAAUUUCUCUGGCGCCAGUCACAAUUUAAUUAGGUCGGCGGGUUGGGCGCCAGCAAAAAAACCAAUAACCUUUCUCUUACUCUUAUGCCACCACAAAAAAAACAAAAAUGUUCCAGGCUUUGAAUCCACAAUCGACAUCAUCUAUGCUAUCCUCAUUAUUCUCGAAUAACAGUCCUUCGUUGAAACCAGAAAAACCAGAAAAGGUUUAUAAACCGAGAGCGACGCGAAUGAAAGUCUAUGCCGAUGGAUUUUUCAUGACAUUUGAUAAGGAAUCAUCGUGUGGAUUGAAGAAUUUCUGGAGAUGUGAGAGGAAAAAUGAGUGUCCAGCUAGAAUGCACACAAAAGUAAAUGAGUUGACGAUUUUGAAACGGAUACAUCCACAUAAUCAUCCUAUGCCAAGUGCUGCUGAAUUGGCAUUUUAUAAUUUGAAUUUGGAUGAAGUGGUGGCAGAUCAAGUACUUCCAGUUAACGCGAUAUCGAGAUCAAUGUUCAAAUGUCGAAGAUUAUCAAGAAUGUUGCACGAAUCACCACAAGAUCAAUCACUAGUUAUCCCAAAUAUUCCAUCUCCUGGAAACAGCAUCUCUGCGGAAAACCAGGCAAUUAUUGCACAAUUAAAUAGUCGACCAAUUAAACGGGAAUUAUCGGAAGAUUCAGAUGAAAGAGCUUCUUCGCCAAAAAGACAGAAAAUAUCCGAGAUUGAGCAGUUUGUAAUGAAUACACCGAAUUUUAUGGAGAUUUUUGAGAUUUCGAAAAAGUUGUUUGGAUUUAUGAAUCAAAGUUUGCUCAAUAAGAAAUUGUUGGUUUAUGUGGCAAAUGGAGAUGAGGAUGUUUAUCAACCGAUUGAACUUGAAACCAAAACAGAGGUUGGUUUUUUUUUAGAUUUUGAAAAAAAAAUGUAGUCAGAAAAUUCUAAUUGUGGGUUGUGACGUGGAACAAAAAAUGAAAAGUUUAUUUUAAAUUCUUAGCGUGAAAUUUGACGUGGCUUUUUAGCACUUCAUUUUUAAAAAUUUUAUUCGAAAAAUGUUGUUUCUAUCGAAGCGAAAAUAUUCAAAACCUGCUGAAAAUUAUUUAUUAAGAAAACUAAGAAUUUAUUUUUGUAUUCUAUCGUAAACUUAUUUUUUUUCAGCGUUGCCUAGUCAAACAUCUCGAAACUCUAACCUCCGAAACUUGCUCAAAACACGUGCAUCUAGUCGUUUCAUCAUCAAUCAAUGUCGUCAUUCACGAUUCGCUGAUCUCAAGUUGGACACCGGGAAAAUAUUUCAAACUCAGAACGGGAAAUUCGUGGAAAUUGGAACCGGUUAAUAUUUAA